UACGCUAUCCCUAAUUGGGAAUCCAUCAUACUACUAACAUGAAGAAAUUUCGAGAACUAGGUUCACAUACUGACGAGAUAUAGACAUCCAAUCAGCUCUAUAUGGCUAUAUCUAGAAGGUUCGACUGGAUGUCAUCUCAUGAUCUAGUUUGUACAGGACCUCACAUAUAAAAGAGGUCAACAUUCCUGACAAGUUUUGUAUUAGAGAGGGUGCAUCAAUACAUAGAAAUUCUCAACUCUAAGUUCUUAUUAUUUGCCUAUAUUCCGUAUCCAUCCUAGCGUAACCGAGCUCCAACAGUUAUGAGCCCGGGAUUGCUGUGAGAUAGAUAUUCAGAAACUGCCCACAAUCCUCUAUAUCCAAAAGCCGGUUAUCGAAGUAUAUCAAUCGAAUCCAAACCUUUGGGAACAGCCCAAGCUCUGUCUGAAUCGCUUAGCCAUGGACGAGAAGAAGACGACUGUGAUCCUAAAAACCUCGGACGAUUGGAGAAAAUGGAUGGAACAACUGAGAACAAAGGCGACAAAGGAACGAGUCUGGGAAUAUGUGAAUCCAAGUACCAUCAAUACUGGGGACUUGGAGCCAGCGCCAACAAAACCGAUAGAGCCCAUUCAACCUUCUAAGCCAGACCUAUCCGGCGAUGAAGAUAUUGCUAUUAAACAAUUCAAGCUGAUGAACUGGCAAGCUGACAUGGCGGCUCAUGAUUCGCAACGACGGAUUUACGAACACAAUAAGGCUCGAUAUGAGAAGCAUAUAGAGCGAAUGACAAACGUCAAGAACUAUAUCCUUGAUACAGUCGAACUUGGCCACCAGUCAGAAAUCCGGCAAAUGGAAGAUAUUAAGGAAAUAAUCCGAACUUUGAAGAGACGGUUUGCCCUUACAGAACAACGAGAGAACGACCUGCUCUUGAGCCGAGAACGAAGUCUUCUUAAUCCGAAACGCACUCAAAGACCGAAGGAAUGGGCGGAAAAAUGGAGAACCCUCGUACUGGAUAUGAAGCUUGCCAAUUUCUAUGAGUUGUCAGACACAAGAUUGGCACGAGACUUCAUACAAUCCACUGCAGAGAUUGCGCCCAAGUUUCACGACAUCUGGAGCACAAGAAUCCUCGAAUACGACAUGGGAUUAGACACAUCAGGCUUAACGGAGAUUCCAGAUAUUAACGAGAUCAUAGGAACAUUCGACAAGUGGGUUGAAGCCAAUAAUAAGUUGGAAUCAAGUCACAGACGCGAUAUCGCUAUGGCAACUCUCAACGGAAAGUCAGAUCAGCCUGAAGACAACAAGAAAAGUCAGAUGAGAUCAAAAUCGAAGGACAAAACAUGUCUCUGCGGCCAGAAGCACCAAUUUGAGGACUGCCCAUACGUGAACCCAGCAAAACGACCUAAGGACUGGGAAUCAGACAUCAGUAUUGAGGAAAAGUUCAAGAAUCUUGAGAAAAAGGACACCCCAUAUGCCAACGCCUUGAAACGGGUUAAGAAAGGACUGGAAAAGAAAAAGAAAGAGCGAGAUUCCGACACCAGCAAGAAAACAGAUAAGGAUUCGGAAAGAUCGAAUUUCAUGUAUGAUUCCGAUGAGAUUGCAUGUGCUGUCAGAUUGGAUACGGCAUUAUUAGCCUCGAACGACGACCUCACAAACAAAGUCAUAAUGGAUAACGGUACAACAACUCAUAUUUUCAACGAUCGAAGAAGGCUCCGAAAUUUAGGCAACGAAUCCAGGUGGCUGCUUGUUGGAAACACAAGAAUCAAAAUGACUGGACCUGGAGAAACAAUAGUAUAUCCCACACAACCGAUCAGUGAAAAGGUUAAGCGAAAGGGUAUUAUCGUCCGUGACGCCUGGUACGUUGAAGGCUUUCAUACCAAUAUCGUAUCACAAGGGAUUAUGGAGGACCAUGGUAUAUAUUAUGACACCCGAAAACGAUUAUUGGAAAAGAACAGUCAGGAAUUGUGUCAUAUUCGACGAGAAGGAAAUCUUUACCUUAUCGAAUGGGACGAGAACAAGCCAGCACGCAGUUCGCUUAGCGUCGACUUUGCCUUCAAUUCCAUGGAGAAAAACAUACUCAAAGAUCCGAUGAAUGUGUGGCAUAAAAGAUUCGGACACGUAUCAUCCAGAGCUAUUGAGAAACUCCAAGAAGCAACAGAGGGAGCUAUUGUUAUGUCAGUUCCAAGCCGCAAUAACGAGGGAUUCAAAAUCAAAUGUGAAACCUGCGAACUUACCACGGCCAAACGUCAAAUCAGCAGGGUAGCGAUGCCGCUACCAACAAGGCCAUUUCAAAAGAUAUUCGUUGACAUCAUUGUCAUGAACUUGGCACGGAAUUUUGACAGAUAUAUCCUCCAUGCAGUGGAUCCGUUAACUAAAUUCCACGUAUUAGUCACCACCACAACGAAAUCAGUCAAUUUCGACCUAGAAAGACUGAUUGAGGACAUCGAACAUACCUUCAAGUGUGUUAUUGAGACUAUACAUGUGGACGGCGAAAGCUCAAUCAAUGGCAACGACUUCAAGGACUAUUGCAAAAGGAAAAGAAAGACGUUAGUCACGACAGUUCCUGAUACGCCUGAGCAGAACGGCCUAAGCGAGAAAGCUGGGGAUAUAAUUGCCACCAGGGCAAGGAGCAUGAUUAUUGAAGCCAACCUACCUGAAGGGUUAUGGCCAGAGGCAGCCAGAGCAGCCGUUCAUAUCAUGAACCGAACACCAACGAAAUCCUUGAACUAUAAAACGCCAUAUGAGUCAGUGUAUGGGAAGAAACCAUAUGUUGGAAAUCUGUUUUUAUUCGGAUCAAAGACUUACGUACGGAUCGACACAAAGAAAAGCCACAAAGUAGCUCCACGAGCGCAGAUUGGAUAUCUAGUGGGAUAUGAAGCUCACAAUAUUUGGCUCAUUUGGACGACAGGUCCACGGGGAACGAAGGUCAUUCGAGCACGAGACGUUGUUUUUGACGAAACGAAGAGAUAUGACCCAGAACAUCCAUUCGCUAGGGAAAUCAUCAGAGAUGGUGUGACAACGAUAACAGAAUCAUUAGAAAUUUCAAACCUUGAAGAUAUUGACGAGGACAAUCAAGUGUUUGAUUCAGUUGAUGACGACAUGAGGCUUCAACGUUGGCAACCCGCCAGUAUAAGGUUCUCACCAGCGAGGGGGUCAAAUGAAUGUUCGAAUCAGCCAGAUACCGAAACUCCAGUUCAAAUCGAGGCACCAAUUACUGGAAUUGGAAAUAUUGAAGCACAAAACGACGAACAUAUAUACGAUCCUGACGUGCAAAUGGAGGAUGCCCAAGAAAUCUUUCAAGAUAUUCGCACUGAAAAUCGUGGCGAUUCCAAUAUUGUGGAAUCUGGGGGGGUGAAAGAGGACGAAGUCGUGGUGAGAAAGGAAGAAACUGAUCGAAGCUAUACAGGGGAAAGCGGAAUAACUAAAAAUCCGGAAGAACAGAUUCCCCAAAUAGGAAAUCGCGACUUGCCAACACCUCCACUGACCAAUCAGAGCGCGCCAAACACUCCAUUAAGAAAUGUCACAGGAUCUGAGAAGGAGAUUACCCCGCCUCCUACACCCUCAAACAACAAUAACGCACCCAAAGCAGCAGAAAUCAGUGCCGAUUUAUCAGAAAGGAAUAUCGUGACAGGUCCAAGAGUGCGAAUAGCUUCAAAAAGAGCUCGAAGCCCAGCAACUGAUAAUUCAGAAUCCAGCAAAAAUGUGAGAAAGAAGCAACGAGCUGCAUUCGCAAGAAUGAAGCUAUUCCAAGAGUCCUCACUAGCCAAGUCCUUCAUGGCCGCUAUGGAAAAAACCGACAACCUUCACGAAUCUGAGCUCCCACCAGAACCCAAGAACUGGACUGGCGUUCUACGGCACAAAUACAAAAAGGAGUUCAUUGAAGCUGCAAAAACCGAAUUUGACACACUGAAGAAGAAAGGAACGUUCAAGUUUGUUCCAAAACCCUAUGAUAAACAAGUGUUACCGCUAACAUGGGUUUUCAAAUACAAAUUUGACAAAUUUGGCAAGAUUUCCAAGUUCAAAGCACGGAUUUGUGUACGCGGUGAUCUGCAAUAUGACAAUAAUUUGGAAACACGAGCGGCAACGUUGGCAGCACGAAUCUUCAGGAUGAUGAUAUCUCUGGCAGCUGUAUUCGACUUAGAGAUAGCACAAUAUGACGCUGUCAACGCAUUUGUGAAUAGCAACCUUGACGAAGAGGUAUAUACCGAGUUUCCGAACGGCUUCAAGAUUCCUGGCAUGGCUAUUCAACUCAAGAAAGCACUGUACGGAUUACGACGCAGUCCACGGCUUUGGCAGAAAGAAUUCACAAAAACCUUGAUGAAAACACUCGGAUUCGAACAGAUACCAGAUGAAGAAUGUCUAUUAGUCAAAAACGGCAUAUUUCUAUUAUUUUUUGUUGACGACAUUUUGAUAUUCUACGACAAAGCCACAAAACAAGCGGAAUUCGAAAAAAUUGAGAAGACCUUGAUGGCAACAUACGAACUCAGAAAAAUGGACAAGUUUGAAUGGUUUCUCAACAUGCGAAUUUUACGAGAUAGAGAACAGCGGAAAAUUUGGAUUUGUCAAGACUCCUACAUCACCAAAAUAGCUGAGAAAUUUGGAUUAACCCACGGCCUAGUCAAAACACCAAUAUCGGUCGAUAUCAAGCCUUUUGAUGGGGAAGCAACAAAUCAAGAUAUUCACCAUUAUCAGGAAAUGGUUGGGUCAGUCAUGUACGCCGCUGUCAUGACACGAAUCGAUAUUGCAAAGGCUGUCAACGAGCUUGCUAAACAUGCCACCAAUCCGUCACCUAUCCACAUACAGCAGAUCAAACGAGUGAUACAAUAUCUGUUCAAUACAAGAUUCCUUGCUAUCGAAUACUCACCACUAAGGAAGUCAGAAUCAGACGUUGUUGUAUGUGCCUCAGAUGCUUCAUUUGGAGAUAACAUCGAUCGUACAAGCUCAGAGGGUUAUCUUGUUCAGCUGUACAACGGACCCGUCGACUGGAAGGCUACAAAACAAAGAUAUGUAACAACCUCUACCACCGAAGCGGAACUAAGAGCAGCAACUGAAGCCGCAAAGCGAUUGUAUAUCUGGAAACGUGUCUUUGAAGCAAUCGGCUUCAAGCCAGAGCAUGAACUAUCUAUUCAAUGUGACAAUACUCAAACCAUACGCCUACUGACGAGUCCAGAACCCAAUUUCCACACAAGUCUACGCCAUAUCGACAUCUAUCACCACUGGCUCCGCCAAGAGAUUCAGAGCAAGCGACUUCAUAUUCAAUGGGUCGACACCAAGAGAAUGGUUGCAGAUGGCCUUACAAAGUUGCUCAAGGGCCAGAUCUUUGUGAAUUGGAGAAAACACCAGGGAUUAGUGGAUAUAGCACAUUUACUGCAGGAAUAAAAGCUUCAAGCUUUCCUUCCUGGGGGGGUGUGUUGGAACGCAAUACGCUAUCCCUAAUUGGGAAUCCAUCAUACUACUAACAUGAAGAAAUUUCGAGAACUAGGUUCACAUACUGACGAGAUAUAGACAUCCAAUCAGCUCUAUAUGGCUAUAUCUAGAAGGUUCGACUGGAUGUCAUCUCAUGAUCUAGUUUGUACAGGACCUCACAUAUAAAAGAGGUCAACAUUCCUGACAAGUUUUGUAUUAGAGAGGGUGCAUCAAUACAUAGAAAUUCUCAACU